CUCGCCGGCUCUGCCGCUGUGCUGUCACCCUCUAUUACACUAUUUCUUAUUGUCCCUUUCUCUUUUAACUAUAAAUCUCCCCUCCUUUCCCUUCUCUCUCUAUUUCUCUCCCUCUCUCUCUUUCUCACGCGGUCUCGAGCUCGGGAUCAAUCGAGACAUGCCGGCUUGGUGGAAGUCUAAAUCGAAGGCGAAGAAGUCUUCAUCGGCCUCCGAAUCGACACCAAGGAAGAACCCUGGAUUGAGGGAAGUUGAAGCGGAGGUAGACUGCUCGUUGACUCCCAAACACUGGUGGGAGCCGAGCAAGGGGAAAGCCAACAGCUUUGAUGGGGUUAUUCGAGCUAGUGAGGCCAAUGAAUCUGCCGCAGGCGUUAUCUCCAAUAGCUGCGACGGAGAUUCAAAGGGCGUUUUUGCGUCUCGACAUCCGUUGCCGCGCCCCUUCGUUUCCUCGCCACUGCUUUCUCCACCGCCGCUUGAUCUCGCGAUAGCGGCCGUGUCAGGUUCGGCUUCCGCCUCCAGCGUCAGCUCGUCGGGAUCGUCCGAUGAUACUCCUGAUCUUGGUUUCUACAGAAUUACAGAUCCCAUAAACACGGCAAGGGGCAGGCCUGUUUUACAAGGCUCGCAAAGACAUCAGCAUGUGGCUGAAGCCAGACAUCUCUUACCCCUUAAUCCAGUUUUGGAGCAUUCAAGGAACCCUGAGAUACCUGUAUCGCCGAGAAAGGAAAUUCACUUACAUGGAUUCAAUGCAUCAGCAAAUGCUAAUGUUUGUUCUCCGGCUGUAACUUAUCCAGAGAGCAUGUUUAAUCUCAGACCUGUGAAUUGUGCUCCUAUUUCACGAGUGUCUCCUUUUUCCAUAUCCCCUGUGCAUUCAGGUGCAGUCUGUGUCUGUCCCGGAUCACCCACAGGUAUGCAAGAUGGUCUAAGGAGCCCGCCUCAACCACUGCCUUUGCCUCCAAUCUUACCUAAUUCUCCAACUUCUUCUUCACGGCCUUCUCAAUCAUCAUGGAAGAAGGGAAAGUUGUUGGGUAGAGGAACUUUCGGACAUGUUUAUAUUGGAUUUAACAGUGAAAGUGGGCAAAUGUGUGCUAUUAAAGAGGUCCCUGUCAUAUCUGAUGAUUCCCAUUCCAAAGAAUCUUUCAAGCAACUAAAUCAGGAAAUAAAUUUGCUUAGUCAGCUCUCACAUGCAAACAUUGUGCAAUAUUAUGGCAGUGAGCUGGUCGAUGACACACUUUCAGUUUAUCUCGAAUAUGUCUCAGGGGGGUCAGUUUAUAAGUUACUUCAGGAAUAUGGCUCAUUUGGGGAACCUAUUAUCAAGAACUAUACAGCACAAAUUCUUUCUGGACUUGCUUAUUUGCAUGGGAAAAACACAAUGCACAGGGAUAUCAAAGGAGCAAACAUACUUGUUGAUCCUAAUGGAGAGGUCAAACUUGCUGAUUUUGGCAUGGCCAAACAUAUAUCCUCUUAUACAUCAAUUCGAUCUUUUAAAGGAAGCCCUUAUUGGAUGGCUCCUGAGGUCAUCAUGAACGGAAAUGGAUACAACCUCUCAGUAGAUAUUUGGAGCCUCGGAUGCACAGUACUUGAGAUGGCAACUUCUAAACCUCCGUGGAGUAGAUUUGAAGGGGUGGCUGCAAUAUUUAAAAUUGGGAAUAGCAAAGAUAUACCAGAUAUCCCGGAUCACCUUUCUUCUGAAGCUAAGAGUUUUGUAAUGUCAUGUUUACAACGCGAUCCUUCUAAUCGACCAACAGCAGCUCAAUUAAUGGAUCAUCCUUUUGUGCGUGAUCAAGCUGCAACAAAAAUUGCAAAAUUAAGUAUGGCCAAGGACAUGUUUCAUCCAUCUGAAGGAAGUUAUUCAAGGGCUACAAAGGAUUAUCGCAGCAACAGGAGUGUUUCUCCAUUACGAGAUAAAAACUAUGAGCAUGUACACCGUGAACUGGCUUCUAGGGACUAUCGUAGCAACAGAAGUCUUUCUCCUCUGCGUGAUAAAAACUAUGAAGUAGGACAUCGUGUUGCAGCCCCCCUGGUACAUGAAAAUACAAGUGAUCUUAUGGGCAUGAGAAUGAACAUGUCAUUACCUGUCUCCCCCUGUUCGAGCCCUCGACACCCGCAUAUACAGUAUAAUAGAAGCUGCAUUCCUUCUCCUGUCCAUCCAGCCUAUUCUGCUGGCGCAAUCACCUAUGGUCCAAGCAACCAUUACCUCUAUCAAAUGAGGCCGAGCCAUAAUUUCACAGAUCCUUCUUUGGACAUUUCAGAACUCAGAAUCCGAACUCCAUAUGGCUCACCUAAGAGAUGACCCCCGGCUGCAGAUUUACUUGCAUAAGCUACUGUAGAAUGGCAAUUAUUUCCACUCUUCUUUUAUGUGGAAAGCUUUGAAAUCAAAUCAACAUAUGGCCAAAUCUGAAUUUGGUUACAAUCAGGAAGUUUGUUGAAGCCAAGACAAGCAUUGCUAAACAUUCUUGCUGGCACAUUGGUGUGAUCUUUUUUAAUUCUUCGGCGCAGAUAGAAAAUAUCUAAUAUGUAAAGUAAGAUUACACCAAUUCUGUAUAGUAUAAAGGCUUGGGACUGUGCACACAGUGGAUAAUGAAAGGUAUUUCCUCACUUUUUUAUUUU